AUGUCUACUACUACCCAAGAAGAAACCAGUAAUGUAUUAGAACAAACUAAGGAAGAAUGUAAACCACGCAUAGUUAUCGAGAAAAUGGUUCUCACAAAUUUUAAAUCUUAUUUUGGUCGCCAAGAAAUUGGUCCUUUUCAUAAGUCAUUUUCUGCUAUUGUAGGACCUAAUGGUUCUGGAAAAUCUAAUGUCAUUGAUGCACUUUUAUUUGUAUUUGGUUAUCGUGCAAGUAAAAUGCGUCAAGGCAAAAUUUCUCAACUUAUUCAUUCAUCUGAAGGUCAUACAAAUUUAAAUUAUUGUACUGUUGAAAUACACUUUCAAGAAAUUUAUGAUUUGGCAGAAUCUAAUGAUUUUGAAGUUGUCCCUCAAUCACAAUUAGUUAUUUCACGUCAAGUUCUUCGUAACGAUACCAGUAAAUAUUUUAUAAAUGGUCGCCAGAGUAAUUAUACUGAAGUCACAACACUUUUAAAAGAUCGUGCAAUCGAUUUGACUCAUGAAAGAUUUCUUAUUCUUCAGGGCGAGGUUGAAUCUAUAGCUCAGAUGAAACCAAAAGCUCCAAAUGAACAUGAAGAUGGAUUAUUGGAAUAUCUUGAAGAUAUUAUAGGAACUUCCAAAUACAAAAUUUCCAUUGAAAGAGCUAAUCAAAAAGUUGAACAACUUAAUGAACAACAAUCUGAAAAAUUACAUCGUGUUCAAAUAGUUGAAAAACAAAAACAAAACUUAGAAAGUAAGAAAAAAGAAGCAGAAGAUUUUCUUCGUGAUGAAAACAGACUUACAAUGAAACAAUCAAUUCAUUAUCAACGUCAACUAUUAGAAUGUAACAAUGCUAUAGAUAUUUAUACUAAAUCUAUGGUAAAAGAACUUCAUGAAGAAGAAUUAAAACAUUCACAAUUAAGACAAGAAUCAAAAGAACUUGAUGAUAAAUAUAAAAAUGUUUUAUCAGAAUAUCAGUCACUUGAAAUAAAUACUGAUUUGAUAUUGAAAGAAUUAUCUAAAUAUGAAAAACAAGAUAUUCAUCUUCAAGAAAAAAAAAAACAUAUUAUUGGAAAACAAAAUAAAUUAAUAAAAACUUUACAAACUAAUCGUAAAACUAUAUCAGAAACUAAAGCCUCUAUAAAUAACGUUGAGACUAGUUUAGUUUCUCAAAAAAAUGAAAUUGCAAAAAUGGAAAGGGAUCUUGUGGAUGAGGAGUCCAACUUUGAAAUAAUCGGGGAAAGUCUUAAAGAAUUCACAAUGCAGAUGGAACAAAAGAAAAGAGAACUUGCUCCUUGGACAGAGAGUAUUAAUGAGAAACAAUCUGCUAUUGAUGUGGCACAAUCUGAAUAUAAUCUUCUCAAAGAAAAAAACGAUUCGAUUGAAGAAGCCCUUAAACAAUCAGAAAAUGAUUUGAGUUCAUUAAGUCAAACUAAAAUUUCAAAAAAUAGUUCCAGUUAUAAAGAGAAACUAAAAUCUGAUCUUGCUGAUGCUCGUCAAAAAGAAGAUGAAGCAAGGACUUCUUUACAAUCAUCACAAUCAAGAGGCGUUGUUCUCUCAAGUUUAAUUAAACUUAAAGAUAGUGGGAGAAUAAGAGGAUUUCAUGAUCGAUUAGGAAAUCUUGGUGUUAUAGAUGAUAAAUAUGAUGUAGCUAUUUCGACUGCUUGCCCUGGACUGAAUAAUAUUGUUGUUGAUAAUGUAGAAGUUGGUCAAAAUUGUAUAGAAUACCUUAAAAAAAAUAAUCUUGGUCGUGGCCACUUCAUUUGUCUUAAUCAACUUCCCGAACUCAGCAUGAAUCCAAUCCAAACACCUGAAAAUGUUCCACGCCUAUUUGACCUGAUAAGACCAAAAGAUCAAAAGUUUGCUCCAGCUUUUUACAGUGUUUUACGCGACACCUUAGUAGCAGAAAAUUUACAACAAGCAAAUAGGAUAGCAUAUGGGAAAUAUAGAUGGCGUGUCGUCACUUUGGAUGGUAAACUUAUUGAUAAAUCGGGUACUAUGAGCGGUGGUGGUAAUAAAGUAUCAAGAGGUGCUAUGAGUUCAAGAUUUGUUGCAGACAUUACUCAGGAAACAUUGACAGAGUUGGAACAAAACCGUGCCCAUAUUGAAAAUGAAUGGAAGGAUUUCAAUGAAAAACGUAAAGAUUGGGAAUUUCAACUUGAAAAAAGACAGGAUGAAAUCCCAAGAUUGGAAUUGGCCUUAACAAAAUCUGAAAUGGAUUUACAAUCUUGUAUAAAACGUUUUGCUGAUGUUGAGAAACGUGUAAAUCAAUUAUGCCAACAAAAUAGACCAAAUCUAGAAGAUCAUCAACAAAUGCAAGAACUUCAAAUAACAAUAGAUAAUUUUAAUAGAGACAUAGAACAAUUAAAGGAAAAUUAUUCAACGCCAAUAGAAAAUGAUAUAAAAUAUUUACAAGAUCAAAUUAUGGAAGUUGGUGGUGGUAGACUUCGUGCACAGAAAGCUAUAGUCGAUGGAAUUAGAUCAGAAAUAGAUCGACUUACUGAGCAUGUUACAACCUUGAUGGUGACCAAAUCAAAAUCUGAGAAAGAUUUAACUAAAUUGGAAAAUUCUUUGACAAAUUGUGAGAAUGAAAUCGAAGAAAUUAACAAUCAGAUAAAUCAACUUGGAGAAGAAAUUGAACAAAAUAAUGAAAGUGCUAGUUCUAUUAACUCAAAAGCUGAAAGGUCAAAAAAUGAUUUAGAAAAUAAAAAAGAUGAAUUAGAUGAAAUUAAAGCUCAACUUGAUGACAAAAAUGAGAUAUUUAAUCAGAUGAGAUCUGUUGAAAUGGAAAUAAAAAAUAAAUUGGAAGAUAUUGAACAUAAUUUAGCAGGAAAUCAACAAAAACAAAGACAUUGGAAUGAACUGCUUGAAAAAUUGUCGCUUCAUAAAAUUGGAAGCGAUGAUGACAUGCAAGAAGAUGAACUCCAAUUCUAUUCUGAUGAUGAAUUAAUGGCAAUUAACAAAAAAGAUUUGAUUAAUGAAAUCAAUAAAUUACAAGAAAAAGUACAAAACGCGAACCCAAAUCUUGAUGUGUUAAUUGAAUAUCAUCGUUAUGAAGAGGAAUAUAAAGCGCGGACAAAAGAACUUGAAGAGAUAACAGAAAUACGUGAUGGUUGUAAAAGAGAAUAUGACGAGUUACGCAAAAGAAGAUUAGACGAAUUCAUGUGUGGAUUCACAUUUAUAUCAAAAAAAUUAAAAGAAAUGUAUCAGUUGAUGACACUUGGUGGAAAUGCAGAACUCGAAUGUUGUGAUAGCUUGGAUCCUUUUUCUGAAGGUAUUAUAUUUAGUGUUAUGCCACCAAGAAAAAGCUGGAAAAACAUAUCAAAUUUAUCUGGUGGUGAAAAGACAUUAAGUUCUUUAGCAUUGAUAUUUGCACUUCAUCAUUAUAAACCAACACCAAUAUAUGUUAUGGAUGAAAUUGAUGCAGCUUUGGACUUUCGAAAUGUCUCAAUUGUAGCAAAUUAUAUCAAGGAGCGUACCAAAGAUGCACAAUUUAUUGUUGUUAGUUUACGUAACAAUAUGUUUGAAUUGGCCGAUCGUUUGGUUGGAAUAUAUAAAACCAAAAAUAUGACAAAAUCUAUAACAAUAUCACCAAAUGAUGUACAACAACAACAAUAA